CGCGUCAGCACGCUCGGUCGACGCACCCUCCGGACCGCGCACUCAUGGCGGCGUCCGUCCGCGGCACCCCGCUCGCCGCGCUCACCCGCGCGUCCACCCACCCGCGCGCGCGUCACUCCGCCGGCCAUCGGGGCGCCUCGUCAGCUCGGAUCUCGCGCGCGGCGCCCCCGGGGGCGGACGCCGCCGCAACGCAGAAGGCGGCGCACGUCGCGGAGAUCACCGCGCGGAGGGACGAGAUGGUCGCCGGGUGCGUCUCCUGCACCAUGCCGGACGAGGGCGACCGCGGCGACUUCCUCGCGGACGUCGCGCUCGGCGGCAGAUCGGUCGAGGCCAAAGGGGAGGGAUCGUCCCUCCGAGUCCUCGUCGUCGGCGCCGAGACGGGGAAGCUGGCCAAGUCACUCAUGGACCGCGGCGCCUCGCACGUGCUCGUCAUCGACCACUCGCAGGCGAUGCUCGACCGAGCCGCGGAGCUCUUCGACCCGCCGAGUACCGUCGGCAACGUCCCGUGCGUCAGGUUCCUCCGUACCGACGUGAGCGACGUUAAACCCUACGAGGGUCCCUUCGACGCCGUCGUCUUUAACGAUUCGCUCGCUUCGGAACACGACCCGGCGGAUGCGCUUCGUCGCGCGUCGCUUCUGCUCCAACCGGGAUCCACGCUCGUGAUCUCCCAGCGGCUCGACGACGUCGAUCACACCCCGGCGUUGCCCUCCAUGGACGUCGCGGCGAUGAUCGCGGAUCUGCCCCUGGAGGCGGCGGGUUCCGCGGCGGAGGGUAAGGCGAUGGAACGCGAGGGCUGGUUAGCAGCGGGGGCGUCGUCGGCGUCGGCGGCUCGAACGGAGGAUUGCUGCGGCGGGUCGUGCUGGACCUUCGAGGUUCCGCCGUUGUACGCGAUGCGCGACGCGGUCGAGAUGCGCGCCAAAGUCGUGAGCGGGUUCGGUCGCGGGUCGAAGCAGAUGGGGACGCCCACCGCGAACAUGGACCCGACGGUUUUGGCGCCGCAGCUCGAGCGGAUGCGCCGGGGCGUCUACUUCGGCUUCGCCAGGCUGCCGGACGAUCCAGACAACGACUCGUGGUCCAAGUGCGUGAUCAACGUGGGUCAGCGGCCGACGUUCGCGGACGGUGACGGGGUGACGAUCGAGGUGCACGUCAUGCGGCUUAUGGGUCGGGACUUUUACGGCGAGACGAUGGAGUGCGUCGCUCUCGGGUACCUGCGCCCGGAGAUGAGGUUUAAGGGGUUGCGGGAGCUGGUGGGUCGGAUCAUGACCGACAUAGGGCUGGCGAGGAACGCGCUGGACGCGGAGUCCAUGCGCGGCGCGGUGGACGGGAAGAACUCGUGGUCGGCGGAUUGAUCGACGAUGGAUGACGAACGGUUGACAUGUAAAGUUAGCGGUCUUCGUAAAAAUGAAUGCGAUCAUUCUCUGAAAC